CUCUCACGUGUUUGAAGCUCGUUUCGCCGAGCAAACCGUAUACCCUCACCAACAAAAGUUGAGGGUGGUGGCAUACAUUUCUCUACCAUUCCAUAAUUAACUCACAGAAUUAAUUUUUAGUCCGUUCUAAUAAACUCGCCCCUAAUUACCUUCUAUUGGGAUCGGAACGACACCUUUUCUGCUUCAUUUCCGGUGAUCUUUCCCCCAAAAAUGCCGGGCUUGGUAUCAGUUAAAACGCCGCCCGACGCUGCCCCGCUGCGAAUUACGGUCCCCGACGAGUCGCCGAUCCGUCAAGUCGUUGAAACCAUCAGAUCCGAACCGAAAUCCAGCUCCCCGGCCACGCGCCGGCCGCCAGCUUCCUCCCCGUCCACCUCACGGGCCAAACCCUCUCCAGAUCGGGGUUCCGCGAGGAAAAAGUCCUCGCCGGAGAAAAGCCUACUUGAUGAAUCCUCGCUAGACAACCCGGAUCUCGGCCCGUUUCUUCUUAAAUUGGCCAGAGACACAAUAGCGUCGGGCGAAGGCCCUAGCAAGGCCUUGGAUUACGCACUGCGCGCGUCGAGGAGUUUUGAGAAAUGUGCCACCGAAAGCGAGCCGAGCUUGGACUUGUCUAUGAGUUUGCACGUUGUGGCGGCGAUUUACUGUAGCCUGGGGAAGUUCGAGGAGGCGGUGCCGGUUCUGGAGAGGGCGAUUAAGGUCCCGGAGGUGCAGAGGGGUGCGGAUCACGCACUGGCAGUGUUUUCGGGGUAUAUGCAGUUGGGUGAUACUCAUUCGAUGCUGGGUCAUUUGGAUCGAUCUAUCGACUGUUAUAAGGAAGGUUUAAAGGUACAGAUGGAAGCCUUGGGGGAAAAUGAUCCUAGAGUUGCCGAGACAUGCAGUUCUGUGUUCUGGUACCUUAUGUGUUUGUAUGUUUGGUCCCUGAUGUCCCCAAAUGGGUUUGGGAACCAAAGGGGCGGCGUGAUGCCAGGAUGGAGGACACACGUUGAGCCACUAAAUGACCCAACAAGAAUGUUGGUCACACGGUGUGCUAUAGCUACCCAAGCACCUUUGGGUAGAAUGAGUAAUCGAGGGAAACACUCUAAUGUCUUGUACCUUGCGGAGGCCCAUGUCCAGGCAAUGCAAUUCGAGGAGGCGGAGAGGCUGUGCAAAAAGACCCUUGAGAUCCAUCGUGUGCACAGCCCGCCUGCUUCCCUUGAGGAGGCCACGGACCGCCGUCUGAUGGCCCUCAUCUGCGAGGCCAAAUCCGAUCACGAGUCGGCCCUCGAGCACCUCGUCCUCGCCAGCAUGGCCAUGAUUGCUCACGGCCACGAGGCCGAGGUCGCUGCCAUCGACGUGUGCAUCGGCAACAUCUACUCGGCCCUCACACGCUUCGACGAGGCCGUCUUCUCCUAUCAGAAGGCUCUUACCGUCUUCAAGUCCUCCAGAGGUGACCACCACCCCUCGGUUGCUUCUGUUUUUGCCAGGCUGGCCGAGCUCUACCACAAGACGGGCAAACUCAGGGAGUCGAGAUCAUACUGCGAGAACGCCCUCAGGAUAUAUGCCAAGCCUGUCCCGGGGACUUUGCCGGAGGACAUCGCCACCGGCCUCACCGAGAUCUCGGCCAUCUACGAGAUGUUCAACGAGCCUGAGGAGGCCCUGAAGCUGUUGCACAAAGCUAUGAAGCUUUUGGAGGAUAAGCCAGGGCAGCUGGCCACGGUUGCCGGAAUAGAGGCCCGUUUGGGGGUGAUGCUUUAUGUGGUGGGAAGGUAUGAGGAGUCGAGGGCUUCGUUCGCGAGUGCGGUUGAGAAGCUGAGGGGUUAUGGGGAGAGGAGUUCUGCUUUCUUUGGGGUGGUUCUGAACCAGAUGGGGCUGGCCUGUGUGCAGCUCUUCAGAAUAGAUGAAGCGGCCGGGCUGUUUGAGGAGGCCAGAGGGAUACUGGAGAAGGAGUGUGGGCCAUGCCACCACGAUACGCUCGGUGUGUACAGCAAUCUUGCAGCGACUUACGAUGCUAUGGGAAGAAUUGAAGAUGCAAUAGAAAUUCUGGAGUAUGUUUUGAAACUUCGAGAAGAGAAACUUGGAACCGCAAAUCCUGAUUUCGAUGACGAGAAGAAAAGACUAGCGGAGCUUCUGAAAGAAGCUGGCAGGUCAAGAAACAAAAAGGCCAAAUCUCUUGAAAACCUCAUAGAUCCUAACUCGAAAAGGACCAACAAGAAAGAGACAUCCUCCAAGAAGUGGUCUGCUUUCGGUUUUAGGGGUUGAUUGCGGAGAUAGUUUUCGCACAAAGCAGUGAUGAUUUCUUAUGAACAAGGACGUAUCUGUUUUUCCUUUUGCUUGAUUUUUUACUUUCUCUUCUCUUGUUUUAUAAUGUAGGAGUUGUGAGUGGUGUGAAUGUUGUAAUUUGUCGUGGCAUCUUUUCUGGACAGCAGUUUGGAUUGGUAUUGUUCUUGUAACUUUUAUUCUUCGUUUUUUUCUUGUAUGGUUGUUUCACUGAAUCAUUUCUGAAGAUGCACCUUGUGUGAAAGAUCACUAUUAAUAUUAUAAUGUUUGUUGGAAAUUGAGAGGAUGAACUAAUAUUUGGAUGAUGCAUUUUUAAGUUAAA